AUGAUAAAAAUUAAUUUAGAUAGGAUCUAUGAAAUUAUUGAGGCUUAUUUAAAAGCUUAUCUUAGAGAAGGCGAAGUUGACGAAAACCACUUAUUAUUUUACAAAUAUUUUAGAGACCUUACCUCGGUUGCAAGCGAUCACGAUAAGCUAUCAAAUUUUUUAAAUAAAGAAGAAUAUAAAAACUUACCAAUCGAUUUUAAAGACUCUAACGAAAUUAGAAAUCGUUCAGUUUUAAUAUUAAAAGAAAUUUCCAACUCUUUUUAAUUAAUCAAUAUAAAAUAGAAACAAUAAUAAAACGAUAAUAUUUUUAUUACUGGUAGAAUCAUAGAUUAAUAUAACCGAAAAAAAAAGUAUAUAGAAUAUUUUUUUGGAUAAUAGCAAUAUAUAGAAUCCAAUCCACCAAUCCAAACAUUACAUAAUCCAACUUAUCUAGCCAAUACAAGAUUAUAUCUUUUUUUAAAAAAAAAACAAAUAAAAUCAAAUAU